UCGCACAGGCGGAAGCAACAUCUUCGGCGGAGCAACAGCGGGUGUGGUUCGGACUUCUACGGGUGGUUCACCUAGCAGCCCUUUUCCUAUUUUCAGCCAAGAGAAAGGAGAAAAUUUUCCUGACAAGAAUCACGGAGGAGCCGCUCGACUCUGACAUAUCUGCUGUGCGGGCUGAGGGCAGACGAGAACAAUGGCUACCCAGUCUGAUUUGAUGGAGUUGGACAUGGCAAUGGGGGACAGCAAGGCUGCAGUGAGCCAGUGGCAACAGCAGUCAUACCUGGAUUCAGGCAUUCAGUCUGGAGUCACCACCACAGCACCAUCUCUGAGCGGCAAGGGAAACCCUGAUGCUGAGGAGGAUGAUCCAGGUCUUUACGACUGGGAGUUCAACCAGCCUUUCACUCCUGAGGCCACAGACAUUGAGGGUUAUGCCAUGACCCGGGCCCAGCGUGUGCGUGCAGCCAUGUUCCCCGAGACUUUGGAGGAGGGCAUCCAGAUCCCUCCCACCCAGCUGGAUGCUGCCCACCCAACGGCAGUGCAACGCCUGGCAGAACCCUCUCAGAUGCUGAAGCAUGCUGUAGUCAACCUCAUUAACUAUCAAGAUGAUGCUGAGCUAGCCACUCGUGCCAUCCCCGAGCUUACCAAACUGCUCAACGAUGAGGACCAGGUUGUCGUGAAUAAAGCAGCUGUAAUGGUGCAUCAGUUGUCAAAGAAGGAGGCAUCGCGCCACGCCCUGAUGCGCUCUCCACAGAUGGUCUCAGCCGUUGUUCGUGCCAUGCAGAACACUGGUGAUGUGGAGACAGCUCGCUGCUCUGCUGGCACCUUGCACAACCUUUCCCACCAUCGUGAGGGGCUCCUUGCAAUCUUCAAGUCUGGUGGCAUCCCUGCCCUGGUCAAGAUGCUGGGCUCGCCGGUGGACAGCGUGCUGUUCUACGCCAUCACCACACUCCACAACCUGUUGUUGCAUCAGGAAGGGGCAAAGAUGGCCGUGCGCCUGGCUGGAGGACUGCAGAAGAUGGUGGCCUUGUUGUCCAAUACCAAUGUCAAGUUCUUGGCAAUCACUACUGACUGCCUGCAGAUCUUGGCGUAUGGCAACCAGGAAAGCAAGCUGAUCAUUCUGGCCAGUGGUGGUCCCCAGGCACUGGUCAACAUCAUGAGGACCUUCACAUAUGAGAAACUACUGUGGACCACAAGCAGAGUGCUCAAGGUGCUCUCUGUUUGCUCAAGCAACAAGCCUGCCAUCGUAGAGGCUGGAGGCAUGCAGGCCUUGGGGCUUCACCUGACAGACCCCAGCCAGCGUCUGGUCCAGAACUGCCUCUGGACUCUGAGAAAUCUUUCAGAUGCUGCCACUAAACAGGAGGGAAUGGAGGGUCUCCUGGGGACCCUGGUCCAGCUGCUGGGCAGUGAUGACAUCAAUGUAGUGACAUGUGCUGCUGGCAUCCUCUCCAACCUGACCUGUAACAACUACAGUAACAAACUCAUGGUCUGCCAGGUUGGAGGCAUUGAGGCUCUGGUGCGAACAGUGCUUAGGGCCGGCGACAGAGAGGACAUCACAGAGCCAGCAGUCUGUGCCCUGCGUCACCUGACCUCCCGCCACCAGGAUGCUGAGAUGGCCCAGAAUGCUGUGCGCCUUCAUUACGGCCUGCCUGUGGUGGUCAAACUACUCCACCCACCGUCCCACUGGCCGCUGAUCAAGGCCACAGUUGGUCUGAUUCGUAACCUGGCUCUUUGCCCAGCCAACCACAGUGCUCUGCGGGAGCAGGGAGCCAUCCCCCGACUGGUCCAGCUGCUCGUCAGGGCUCACCAGGAUACCCAGAGGCGCACCAGCAUGGGAGGCAACCAGCAGCAGUUUGUGGAAGGUGUGCGUAUGGAGGAAAUAGUGGAAGGCUGCACAGGAGCUCUGCACAUCCUGGCCCGGGACGUCCACAACAGAAUUGUCAUCAGAGGGCUCAACACCAUUCCACUCUUUGUCCAGUUGCUCUAUUCUCCAGUGGAGAACAUCCAGCGUGUGGCGGCAGGUGUGCUGUGUGAACUGGCUCAGGACAAGGAAGCCGCCGAGGCUAUCGAAGCUGAAGGAGCCACUGCACCUCUGACUGAGCUUCUGCAUUCCCGUAAUGAGGGCGUUGCAACCUAUGCUGCAGCCGUCCUGUUCCGCAUGUCUGAGGACAAACCCCAGGACUACAAGAAACGUCUGUCAGUGGAGCUGACCAGCUCUUUGUUCAGAACUGAGCCUAUGGCCUGGAACGAGACUGGAGACCUGGGACUGGAUAUGGGAGCACAGGGGGACCCUCUGGCUUACAGGCAGGAUGAUGGAGCCUACCGUGCCUACCCAGCAGCCUACGGCCAGGACUCUCUUUUGGACCCCAUGAUGGAAGGUGCCGACUACCAUACUGACACUCUGCCUGACCUGGGCCACCACACUGAUCCGUUGCCAGACCUUGGCCACACCCAGGACCUGAUGGACAGCAACCAGCUGGCCUGGUUUGACACCGACCUGUAGGAUUGUUGUAUUGAUAGAACCUGCAUUGUGAUUGGCCUGUAUUGUCUGAAUCAGCAUUAUGAUUGGCCUGUAUAGUUGUUGAAGAGGAAAUAAAGGGUCUUGGAAAGUGCCUGACACAAGAAAACAAAGAAGAUGGUUGCCACGGGAAUGUUUAAGCAAGUUGAAAGUGGGGGGGGGGGGUUAAAUAUCAGAGAUGUGGGAUCACACAAUGGAGGUCUUGGAGCAGGUUACCUGAAUGGAUGAGUGCACAUGAGGUGGAUCUUAAAAGUUUGAAACACAUAUGUUUUAGCCUUGCCUGUAUUCUUCUCAGUUUUUUCUUUCUAUUUUUCUUAUUCUAUUUUUUUUAUUUCAUUUUUGUAUUACUCAUUCUCCGUUAUGGUACUGACCCAGCUUGCCUUCGCACUAGCCAUCUUCAUUUUCUCUUCCAUGCUAGUCAUUUGUAAUAUUUUUUUUAAACGUAUAUUACAUGUAGUGUUAAGUUAUAGUGAUAUUAUACAAUGUUCCUUUUGGUUUAUGGCCGAAUGUGUAGAACACUAAUAAUCAGUUGAAUUGUACUCUGACUUAAAGUGUAACAUUGUGUAGUUUUUUUUUUUUGUUUUUUGUUUUUUAUAAUCUCAAAAAUGGAGAAUUAUGCAUUCUUAAUAUGUGCUUGUUUAAGCAUAAAAUAUGUCAGUGUCACAAAUGUUCUAAAGAGGGAUAUGGGUGAAAUUGAGGGUGGGUUGGGGAUAAAUCUAGAGACAAGUGUUUUAUAUACAGUAUCACUGGUAGGUUAACAACUAUUUUGUAUGCUAUCAUUGGAUGUCUGAUAGAAAAGUCUUUAAUGCUAUCAUUGGUGGUCUAAUAAAACCCAGUUUUAUGUGCUAUCAAGGGUAGCUAGGUUGAUGAACCAGUUGUAGUCCUGCUGUGCUUAUUUUGGAGACAAGGUUAUGACACGGCUGAACAAUAAAAUGGCAUUUUAUUUCA